AUGGCCGACAGCAGGCCCCAGACCAAGGUGGCUCGUCUGACGCCGCCCGACGCGCUCGCCCUUCCGCACGUCGUCGAGGCCAUUGCGAUGUGCUUGGGCAACCAGGACGACUUUAGUCGCUUCCUGCAUGAGGUGCCACGCUCGCUAUGGACACCAGCGGUCGCUGCUUUUCUCAACUGCAACACGGCAAUGCCAUCAUCGGUCAGCGCCAACUGGCCGCGCAUCGAUCUGCGCGACAUGGACUUGCCGCCUUCGGUCUUGACGCUGCUCGCGGCGACGCUGCCGCUGCGUCCACGCAUUCAACUCCAGUGCCCGAUCCGACAGGCGGCGCCACUGGCCUCGCUCGUCGCCGUCGUCGGCCCAUCGCUCGGCAGGGUCACUCUCCAUUUGAGCAGCAACGGUGUGGCGAAUGGCCGAGGCCGAGUGAUGAGCGACCGUCUCUUGCAGUGCUGUCCACAUCUGCGUGAAGUGAUCAUAUCCGUCGUGCCACGCCAGGCGAACCAACUGGUCGAGCUCAACGAUGCGCUCGGUGUCGUCGCCCACCCGCAUGUCGAAGAGUUGUUUCUCAACCUGCGGCACGCGACCGCCACGCCAUGA